GGAACGAGUCGCUUUAUUUUACUGCAUGGCAGCGCUUGUCUUCCGACAGAAAGUCAAUGGCCACUGUGUAUCAAAGGAACGUCUGGCCUACGGGCCAGGUUGCCAUUGGUGUGGUUGUACAGCUUGCUGCUGGCAUGAUCUCGGAUCCGCCUCUGCUGAAAGGACGUCGAUGGCGGUCAUCAUUGUCAUGCAAGCAGGGACUUUGGUUGGCGUCAGCAUACUGGCCGCUUGGAACGUCUCCGAUCGAGUCAAGUACUUUGCGUAAUACAUCUCGUACUUCCCAGCAGGCGUGUCAGGGCCGUACUGUGUGUGAUACUCCAACCUCACACCGCACGAUUACGAGAUGCGCGGUUUUGGGAUUGCUGCGUCAGACAUGUUCAGCUACAUCAACGUGAUCUGGUACACGAUUGCAGUCUGGAGAACGGUUGAUGCACCAAGAUUUCACGCUGGCUUCACGGCAGCCGCAAUCUUCGGAGCUGCGAUGAUAUCGUUGCCGUCUUUCUGCAGUUCCUCCACAAAAGAGAUGACCGGAAGAGGACAUCGGAGAACAACGCUGUGGAGGAUGUUGAGACACCCGGGGAGACGCAUCAGAGGGCAAGUUUAGCAGAAGCAGCGACUGCAUCAGUCAAGAACGGCGUGAGACUUCAGAAGUGAG